UGGACGCCACCAAGACAAGACAAGAUGGAAAUCACAGAUUUACUGCUCCUUGUAGUGGUUGCUCAGUCAUUUGCUAUGCCUCUAUCAUCACUGGAGGAGACUAAAAAGUGGCUAUUAGCCGAGAAAUACCUCCGCAGGUUCUACAACCUUCGAGCUGGACUUCAGGGAACAAAGACUGACAGGUCUUCAGACGCCAUGCAGGCUAAGAUCAGGGAGAUGCAGUCCUUCUUCAACCUCCAGGUGACGGGGAGCCUGGACGCUAACACCCAGGAGCUGAUGAGCAUGGCCAGGUGUGGUGUCCCUGACGUGGGGGAAUACAACCACUUCCCCCGACAUCUCAAAUGGCAGAACACCAUUGUGACCUUCAGAAUAGUGAAUUAUACUCCUGAUCUGAAGAAGGCUGAUGUGGACAGAGCUAUCCGUAACGCCUUCAGCAUCUGGGCUGACGUCACUCCUCUGACCUUCAAGAAACUACAUGAGGGGAAGGCCGACAUCAUGAUUUUAUUUGGGACAAAAGAACAUGGAGACUUCAACCCCUUUGAUGGCCCUGACGGUCUCUUAGCCCAUGCUUAUCCCCCUGGCAGAGACAUUGGAGGAGACACACACUUUGAUGAAGAUGAACAUUGGUCAAAAGACUCAGACGCCUACAACCUUUUCCUGGUGGCCACCCAUGAGUUUGGCCAUGCCCUUGGCUUGUCCCAUUCUACUGAUCCUGGCGCUCUGAUGUACCCAGUCUACUCCUAUAGCCAGGGUUACCCACUGUCUGAGGAUGAUAUCACCGGCAUUCAAGCUCUUUAUGGCCCGAACCCCAGGCACAGGAAAGUGAAGCCGAAGCCAGAUGCCCCAAACAAAUGUGACCCCAUGUUGAGUUUUGAUGCUGUUACUGAGCUCAGAGGAGAAACAAUCAUAUUCAAAGAUAGGUUUUACUGGCGUCUCCAUCCCCAGUUUGCAGAGCCUGAGCAAACCCUGAUCAAAUCCACCUGGCCCUCCCUCCCCAACAAAGUGGAUGCUGCCUAUGAGUACCCUGAGAAAGACAUGGUCUUCAUAUUCAGUGGUAUUAAAAUGUGGGCUCUAAAUGGCUAUAACCUGGUGGAGGGCUACCCCAAAUACAUCCAUAACCUGGGACUCCCCAAGACCGUGCGGACGGUGGAUGCUGCUGUGUACAUCCCAGACACCGGCAAGACACUGUUGUUCUCUGAGGAACAUUACUGGAGUUAUAAUGAGAAGACUAACACAAUGGACAGAGGCUUCCCAAGAUCCAUUGAGAUGGAUUUCCCUGGAAUGGCAGAGGAGGUGGAUGCUGCUGUAUAUCAAUAUGGAUAUUUGCAUUUCUUCCAUGAACACACACAGUUUGAAUACAGCUACAGUGCACGGAAGGUCAUUCAGAUUGUUAGGACAAACUCCUUUCUCAACUGCUGAUCCACUGGUGGAGAACUACUGUUAUGUUAUGGGAAACGUAGCAAUAGGUCAUUUGUGCUGGACACCUGCUUGUCAUUGUUAUUUCUUACUCAUCUCAAAGGAUGCUGGAAAAUGUUAUGUCAAAUGGAUGGCUUAUGCCUAGAACUAAUGCAGAAACCAUUAUACAGGGUCUUGAUUUAUGGUGGCACAAUAUUCACAUCACUUGUUGUAAUAUUGAAAUAGAAAUCACUCUGUUAUACUGUAUAAUACUGUAAUUGCAUCUUUCUCUAGAUAGAAAUGUUACUUCCAGCUAAUUAAAUUGGAUUGUUGUGUUUCAGGUCCACCAACAGGUGGCAGUCAAGGAAACAAAAUCUCGAGUAUGAGCUAAUGCAUUUUAUAGACUGAAUGUUUUUACUACUUCAUUUAAUGACACAUUUUUAUGAAUAACAUAAUGAGUACAAAUGGUAUUGUAUGAGUUGGUAAAUUUGGUAAGAGAUGGAGGGAAAUGGAGACAGGGAUGGGAAGAGAUGGGGAUUUUUGGGACCGCAUUCUACACUGGGUGCUUAUUUUGGCAGGCAUGGUCAUGCUACCACAGAGUCUGUUGGUCUUGGAUCAUCUAAGGUCAUUGUGUUCAGGAAGUCGACAAGAUAUAUAGAGCAGACCACAUAAAAGACUGCUUACAAAUCACAAGUACACACAAACCACCUACACAGCACCAGCCACAGCUGCCAAAGUGCUACAAAAGAGUCCCUCUUUGUCAUCAAUACUGUAACAGGGAUGACUUGGCAGCUUAAUUAGCAUAGCUCUGCUAUUCUGGUGUAUGUUAUGAAUUUCUGUGCCCUUCCUGCUUGUUUUUUACAUGGAUAGAUCCUUGUAUUGUCAUAGGCCAGACAAUAGUUCUAUGUUUACACCACAAGAGGGCAGUACGUCAGCACGGUUUAUGUGAGCUCAGUCUAAAUGGUGGUUUACUGUGAGCUCAGUCUGAAUCAGAGGCAGGUGGGAGGAGUUAUAGGAGGACAGGCUCAUUC